CUCAGCUCUGAAUCCUCAGCCAUGCUGCACUUCACCAGGGGUUUGGAUUCUGCCCUUGGUUAUACAAAGGGCUCUUCUCUCAGGAAUCUGCUACGAAUGUUAUGCGUCUAUCAAACAGCCUCUUUGGAUACAUUGCGCAACAGUAGUUUGUAAAGAAGGAGUUUGUUUUGUGAUAUAUGGGUCCUUGUUUGGACUAAAGCUGUCAGGGAAACCAACGGAUAUCUCACCUACAACAGACUAACAUGCCACCAAAGAAAAAGACCCUAAGGGACUUAGAUGGUCAUGAGGAGAGGAAUGCCCAGGUCCAGUUGGAGAAGGCCAAGUACAAGCCUGUGGCGUUUGCUGUGCGGUGUAACUUCUAUUACAUACCGGCAGACGACGACAACAUCCCAGUACCAGGCCAGGCUGUCACCUUCGAGGCCAGAGACUUUCUACACGUCAAAGAGAAGUUUAAUAGUGACUGGUGGCUUGGGCGUCCGGUGAAAGAAGAUGGAGUGGUGGGGUUCAUACCCAGUCCAACCAACCUGGAGACCAUCCUGAUCAGGAGAGACGUCCAGGCCAGGAAAGCUGCCAAAGCUCUGGCCAGGUACACAGCCAUAAUCCUGAUCCUGACCCUUGACACCCUAACCCUUAAAGCAGCAGUUUCUCAAGACGCGAAUAAAAAGUACACUCCUCCUUCAACUGUUGCACAAGCUCAAAAGAAGUCGGGGGAGCAGGUGGCAGCCUAUGACGUGGUUCCUACCAUGCGGCCUGUGGUGCUGAUGGGGCCCUCACUGAAGGGCUUAGAGGUAACAGACAUGAUGCAGAAAGCACUCUUCGACUUUUUAAAACACAGAUUUGAAGGGAGAAUUACUAUAACUCGUGUGACUGCAGACAUCGCUCUAGCGAAGCGAUCCAUACUCAACAACCCCAACAAGAAAGCCCUGAUGGACCGCUCAAACACACGCUCUAACCUAGAUACUGCUGCCCAAAUCCAAGGGGAGGUGGAGCGGAUCUUUGAGCUAGCCCGGAGCCUACAACUGGUGGUGCUGGAUGCAGACACAGUGAACCACCCAAUACAGCUGUCUAAAACAUCUCUGGCUCCCAUCCUGGUCUACAUCAAGGUCUCCUCCCCCAAGGUGUUAUCAAGGCUGAUCAAGACCAGGGGCAAGUCUCAGACCAAGCAUCUCAACGUACAGAUGGUGGCUGCAGACAAGCUGGCCCAGUGCCCAACGGAGAUGUAUGACGUAAUAUUGGAUGAGAACCAGCUGAGUGAUGCCUGUGAGCACAUAGCUGACUACCUAGAGGCCUACUGGAGGGCCACCCACCCCCCAGAAACAGAACCUGUUAACCCCUUACUGGAGAAGCUGGCAGAGAACACUCUGGCUACCAGCCCUGCUCCUAAGAAGUGAGACAUCUUUUUCUGGAUGGAGAGAGAAUUAAUAAACCAUCUGCGAUGAAGAGGAAGGGUUCCCAUGACAACCAGGCUGACGAGCACCCCCAGCCCGCAGAGCAGAGAGGAGAAAGAAACACCUCUCAGACCAUCACAUACCCACCACCACCCUACAAACCCCCCUCCUAAACACCCUAACCACCACCACAACUGCAGGACAGAGCCCCACACCCAGCCCCAGUGGAAAGAGAAUAUCCCCAUCCUGGACAAAGAUCACUGCCAGUUGAAGAGGAGCGGGAGGAGGAGCACUACAGACCAAGACAAUGUCUCACAGAGACCACACCACCAUCACCACCC